GGCUCUCGAGUGAGGCGUUCUGAAUUGGAAACACCAGGCAGACCUGCUGGGUCGCAGGCAACCUGCCGCCCUGACACUGCCGACACCGACGCUCCCUUUCCCCCGGACUGACAGGCCAAUCGCAGGCCACCGCUCGCCCCUCCCUCCCUCCAUUCAUCCACACAGCUCACUCUCUCUCUCUGUCUCUUUCUCACUCGCACUCCCUCCUCCUCCUUUCACUCUCUCUCACACUCUCUCUCUCACUCAGAUUGCCAUUCCUUUGCGUUCAACCUGAGCAUCCUCCUCCACCUCACACCUUUUGGACAGAAGAGGAAGCCCAGCCCAUGGAAAGAGACGCUGUGAAGAUGAAACUCUGACACGCCGACAGACCACAGGAAAACCAGAGCACAACUAUAAUUACUAGAAGGAAAGAAGCUACCUGGAAGGUCAGCCAAGAAUCCUGCUGCAGGUGCCAAGUGAGAUCUACAGGACUACAAUUACUUGGACAGACUGCAGCGGCGGAGCAAAGUGAAUGACAGGAUCCUCACAGUGACGUGUUGACACUGGACACACUCCAAUCUCGGCGUCAACUACAAAGAGAGUUCCUCCUCUUUCUCCCAACACCUGUGACAUUUGACGUCCAGCCGCUCAGAAAGGUUGUAUCUGACGGAGGGACCGGUGCUGCGCUCUCUCCCAUCACCGCGCUCGCUUCGGCAACAACACUAGUUCAUCCGUCCCUGUGGCAGCAGCAGUGAGUCGAGUGACCCAGCUUCAGCCCGACCGGCUUUACCUGUACAUGGAGACCCCCAGCUGGGCAGGAAACACGUUGUGUAAGUCAGGAAGCAUCGCUGUCUUCGGGAACGUGGUGUACAGCGGACUGCUGAACGAUCACCUCUGGCAUUUGGGAGUGCCCCUCUUCACAAGACUGGGUAACCAAGAGGCCACCAACCCGCCGGAAGCGAUGGCCCAGCCGUACACCCCAGCCCAGUACCCUCCCCCCCCACAGAAUGGCAUGCCCGCAGAGUUCGCGGCGCCGCACCCGCUCCCGACACAGGACUACACCGGGCAGAGCCGGGUCCCCGAGCACGCCAUGACCCUCUACACGCCCACACAGACGCACAGCGAGCCGGCCGGCACUGACAACAGCACGCCCGCCAUCACCGCCACCACGACCGCACCGGUCAGUGUCCUCCAUCACCUGCAAACACUGUUCUCAGCAGACUGUCAGCAAACAGAUGACGUGACGCAAACAGAGGGCUCUCAGCAGCUCCAGCUCCAGCACUCAGACUCUUCAGAGAAGCAGCAGCCCAAGCGGUUACAUGUCUCCAACAUUCCCUUCCGUUUCCGGGACCCUGACCUAAGGCAAAUGUUUGGGCAAUUUGGAAAGAUUUUAGAUGUGGAGAUUAUCUUUAAUGAGCGAGGAUCCAAGGGCUUUGGGUUUGUAACUUUCGAAACAAGCACAGAUGCUGAUCGUGCACGGGAGAAACUAAAUGGUACAAUCGUAGAGGGACGCAAAAUAGAGGUGAACAACGCAACAGCACGAGUGAUGACAAACAAAAAAGUGGCCAACCCGUACACGAACGGCUGGAAGCUGAACCCGGUGGUGGGAGCUGUCUAUGGUCCUGAACUGUAUGCCGUAGCAGGGUUUCCCUACCCUGCCACAGGAGCUACGGUGGCCUACCGGGGUGCCCACUUGCGAGGUCGAGGGCGGGCUGUGUACAACACGUUCCGCACAGCUCCGCCGCCACCACCCAUCCCGGCUUACGGAGCGGUGGUGUACCAAGAUGGCUUCUAUGGUGCAGAGAUCUAUGGCGGAUAUGCAGCAUACAGAUUUGCCCAGCCCACCACCACCGCGGCUUACAGUGACAGCUACGGCAGAGUCUAUGCAACAGCAGACCCCUACCACCACACGAUUGGCCCUGCCGCCACAUACAGCGUGGGGACUAUGGCUAGCCUAUACAGAGGAGGGUACAGUCGCUUCACUCCCUACUAAAAGAAAGAAAGAAAGAAAGAAAGAAAAAGAAAGAAAGACAGAGACAUUACCCCAACAGACAAACAUACAAUAAAACAGUCUAAAAAAAAAAAGAGAAAAACAGAGACAAACACGAUACAAGCGGUCCUUGGUGGGGGAGCUAAAUCAAACUAAAAGCCCCCCCGACACGCCGAUAUUUCUACAACAACCCUUUUUGAUGUCGUCAUCGGUCUGCUCUUGUUUUGUAUUCAUUUUGUGCUUUUUUUUUUUUUUCCUUAUGCACAUGUGCAUUAUCUUGAUAUGGGUGCUGUGUCACCAUGAAACCAAUGUGAGCCUCCUGCAGCAGCACGCAUGACGCAUGCUCAGAGGUGUGUGUGUACGGACGCAGUGCGCUGUCAUCUGACUAAGAAUAUACUGGGGCAUUUAAAAAUAAAGAAGGAAAUGAAAUGACAUAUAAAAGCAGGUCUUAUCAGGUCACAACACACACACACACACAGUUAAUUAACCCUCUUACCUCUUGUUUUUCUUCAUCAUUGAAGCGGCAGAAAUAAAGACACGUGCCUCGGUAAUUCUUAGUUCAAAGACGGCUCUGCUACGAUUGCAUUUGUUUCCUUCUUUUCCUCCUGUACAUGUUGUUCCUUACGAGAGCUGUACUCUGUGGUUUGACAGCAUGAAGGUUGUUUUUUUGUUUUUUUGUUGUUGUACGAUUUCUUUGUCUCGGGACUCACGACGUCUCCUGCAAGUUACACGUACUGUACACGUGAAUGCAACUAUUCGGCAUCGCUUCCGCAGACUGUGUGUGUGUGUGUUUUUAGGCCUUUCCUGUGUGGAAAAAAGUGAAAAUUGGGGUAACAGUUGAAUGAGAAAAUUAGCCUUUGACUUGUGAACACUUUCUACAGCGAAACGAGACGUCAGUUUUGUCCCCGUUUAGACGAAAAUAGAAGAAUAUAUUAAUGACGAAAGCACAUAAUUAUGGUCAAAGAGUAAAAUCUUGCGAGAGUCGUAAAAACUCACUGUGGAAAUCGAUUUUUUUGUUCUGUCAGCUCGUGCAUCGCCUCAAACCACUGAUUUGUAUCAAAAGUAUUGAUUUAAGUCAUUUGAUUUUGGAGUUUGGUUCAGUUUGGUACAUGAUUAGCAGCUAUUUGCAUUUCUGGUACCAAAAUAACUGAACCAUACAGUUGGAAAAAAAAUCCAAUUAAGAUUUUUAAAAUUAAACUCUCACUGGUUAUAGAUGUGGUUAGUUUAGAGCACAAAAAGCACCUUAGGUUGGCGCUAGGAACAAGAUUCAUGUCAUCUGCGUAAAGACACAGUGCAGUUUCCCCAUAAUACGACAAAAAUCUUUCAACAUUUGGCCACAAAAUGUGUUUAUCUUUAUUAGAUUGAAAAAAUCUUAAGUUUUAAUGACUGAUUAAUAAUCAUGACAUUGCGGGGUUGCAGAAUAGUUGCAUAUGAACCUAAUUUGCAGAAGAUAAGCUGUCACACGUCCUGACUAACACACACACACACACACACACACACGCACAGACACACACACACUGCUCUGCUACAGUGUAGUUUUGUAAAGCCUCGCACAAACUGUUUUUUGACCUCAGGACAAACUGAACUGAAAAUCACAAACUGACAAAACACACAGUGCUGCUCGCUAACCUCAGCACACGGAGAGUUCCAUUUCCAACACAACCAGCAGGUUUUCUCUCUCUUUUUCUUUUCAUUCUUUGUUCUUUUGUCGGUUUUUUCCCCCCGCACAACAGCUGAAGCCUGAGGUUUUGUUUUUAAAGGUCCAAUAUGCAACUCACAACUAACAAGAGAUGACACGGAUGCACUGUGUAUGUUGUGAUAUUCAAGUUUCUUGGUCAUGGUCGUGGGAAGCAAGAUGAUAGAAAGUAGCUCCAAUGGUUCUCAAGCUGUGGUGCGUGUACCACUAGUGGUACACGAUCUUGGUCUGGCGGUACUUGGAGGAAAAUCAGAAACAUUUUUUUUAUGUCCGUACGAUAAACGAGUUUGUGCAAAUCGCCGAAAUGGCCGACUUCCCGUUGAGUUGAGGCCAUGGUCCCGAUGGACUUUUUUGUUCGCCCGGGGGUAUUACACGUUCCCACCCAGUUUUGUUAAAUUUGGUUGCCAAUUCAAUCCAAAAUGGCGGCCUUCCUGUAGGACUCACAGGAAAGUCGUCAUUGACUUUUUUGACCGUCUCAACCUAAUGAAUGUGUGUACCAAGUUUCGCUCAUGUACGUUAAACUUGACAGCAGGUGAUCUAAUAGAAGAUUUUUGCGUCAGUUUCGAGCCCCUCCCCCUAUUUUUGACGCACAUUCCCUGAACCACUUUCAGACGUAAAAAACGAAGCAACUCUUGUUCUUCUCCUGGACAUGUUAGUAACUUUGUUUAUGUCACACGUCUGUUUUCUGGCAUUCACAGUCACAUGUGCUCAACUGCGACACCUCGUGGCCGGCACUUAUGUUGUGUUGCAUAUUGGGCCUUUAAGCUAAAAAUCAAACUGUAGUUUGAUUCUUUAUUUUGAAAUACUGUGUGUGUGUGUGUGUGAGUGAGAGAGUGUGUGUGUAUGGACAUCUACUGUAUGAGACACAUUAAACACAAAAAAAAACAGUGAGACACAGAGACACAGUGUAAAUGUGGUUUAGAUGAAGAAGAAAAUCUCUGUGUCAUUGUUUCAGUGCAGCGAUACCAACACAACUCAAAGCUUUGUUUGAAAUAACCCAUACAUAUAGAUAUAUAGAUCAUUUUUUGGGGGGCGUAAUUGUUUUUUAAAUCAUU